AUGACCGAUUUCGAGAAGGAUGAGCAAUUCGUCUGCAUCAGCUGCUUAGAAGAGGUUCGGUAUUCCUUUGUGAGCCACCUCUCCGAAGCUCUCCGGAGGAAAGGCAUAAAUGAUGUGAUCGUGGAAGUAGAUAGCGACGAUCUGUUAGAUUCCCAGGCGAAAGUUGAGAAAGCUAAGGUUUCUUUGCUUGUUUUACCCGGAAACUCCGAGCCUACCUCGAUAUGCCGUGAUAAAUUUGGCAAGGUUCUCGAGUACCGGAGGAACAGCGAGCAGGUGGUGGUUCCAGUGUUGUACGGCGACAUCCCAUUACAGGGCGAAUGGCUUACCGAGCUGGGUUUGAUAGACUUAUCACCACUCCACCAAUCUAGGGAGGAAUUUAGUGACUCCAUACUUGUAGAAGAGAUUGUGAGAGAUGUGUACGAGAAGCUCUUUCCUAUGGGACGAAUUGGAAUCUACUCGAAGCUCCUAGAGAUUGAAACAAUGGUUUGCAAGCAACCCCUGGGGACACGCCUUGUUGGAGUUUGGGGUAUGCCUGGCAUAGGCAAGACGACACUUGCUAAAGCCGUCUUUCAGCAAAUGUGUACCUACUUUGAUGCUUCUUGUUUCAUUGAAGAUUGUGAGAAAGCUAUUGGUGAAAAGGGGCUUUAUCGGUUGCUGGAGGAACAGCUUUUGAAAGAACAUCCUGGCACUAGCGGCACCAUGAAAAAAGCAAGUUUGCUUAUAGAAAAAUUAAGCAGCAACAGAAUCCUUGUUGUUCUCGAUGGCGUGGGUGACCCUCGGGUCGCAGAGUCUUUUCUCGACGGGUUUGAGUUCGGUCCUGAAAGCCUGAUCAUCAUAACCUCUAGGGAUAAACAGGUGUUUCAACUUUGCCGAAUCAAUCACAUAUACGAGGUUCAAGGGCUAAAUGAGAAAGAGGCUCUACAAUUAUUCUGCUCGUGUGCGUCUAUAAAGAAUAUUACAGAGCAGAAUAUGAAUGAGCUGUCAAUGAAAGUGGUUCAAUAUGCUAAUGGAAAUCCAUUAGCUCUCAGUGUUUUUGCUAGAGAGCUCAAUGGUAUUAAAAAUCUGUCAACUGGGACUUCUAGCUCUAGUGGUAAAGGGCUUACAGCUGGGGAAUUAACAUUUCGGCAUCGCCAGGGACAGAGGACCAACACGUGGCAACACGUGAAUAGUCUGAAUCACUUCAAUGAAACCUUCUUUGAAGUCAUUACAAAAAAUCUGUUCGAAAUGGAGUCUGCGUUGCUCAAACUAAAGCAACUAAAGCAACAUCCUCCUUUUGAGAUUCUUGAUGCAUUCAAGAGAAGCUAUGAUACACUCAGUGACAGUGAAAAGAACAUUUUUCUGGACAUAGCUUGUUUCUUCCAGGGAGAAUAUGUUGACUAUGUGAUGCAACUGCUUGAUGGUUGUGGUUUCUUUCCACAUGUUGGAAUCGAUGUUCUUGUUGACAAGUGUCUGGUCAUUGUUUCGGAAAAUCGAAUGUGGAUGCAUAAUUUGACCCAAGAUGUUGGCCGAAAAUUAAUACUUGGAGAAACAGUACAAACUGAAAGACACAGCAGAAUGUGGGAACCUGAUAUCAUCAAAUAUUUAUUAGAGGAGGGUGAACGUACUCAGGGAACUGAAGAGAUCGAAUGCAUGUUUUUGGACACAUUAUACUUAAAUUUAGAUAUCAAGCCUGCUGCCUUUGUGAAUAUGUUGAACCUUCGGUUGCUGAAGAUAUACUGUUCCAGUCCUGAAAACCGUCCUAACCUGAAGAUGUUGAAAACGAUUAGGCUUUGUCAUUCCCAGCAACUAGUUGAUAUUGGCGAUCUUUCAAAUGCACCAAAUAUCAAGGUAAUUGAUCUCCAAGGCUGUACAAGACUGCAGAGUUUCCAAGCCACAGAUCCAUUGCUGCAUCUACUAGCUGUAAAUCUCUCAGGUUGCAAAGAGAUCAAAACAUUCCAGGCGGUUGCACCAAAUAUUGAGACACUGUAUCUCCAGGGAACUGGCAUAACAGAAUUGCCAUUUACCACUACUGUUAAGCCUAAUAGCGAAGAGCUUAUGAGUCUUCUUCUAGCAGAAUUUGAUGACCUGUCAGAUGCCUUGAAACUUGAGCGUUUAAAAAGUCUGAAGAAAUCUAGCUCAUCUUGCCAAUAUCCUUGCAAGCUUAUUUGCUUGGAGAUCAAAGAUUGUUUUUGUUUGCGAAGUCUACCAAACAUGAUUAAUCUCGAACUUCUCACAGUUCUUGAUCUCUCUGGUUGCUCCAAGCUCGAGACAAUCGGGGGUUUGCCACGGAACCUGAAAGAGUUAUAUCUUAGUGGCACUGCGGUAAGAAAAGUGCCACAACUUCCUCAAAGUCUCGAACUCUUGAAUGCACAUGGUUGUGUCUCUCUGAAAAAAAUUCCUUUGGACUCCGAGAAACUUCCUAUGCACUACAUAUUCACUAAUUGUUUUAAUCUAUCUCCACAAGUGGUCAGCGAUUUUUUAGUCAAACUGUUGGGUAAUGUUAAACGCAUACCGAGAGAGCUUCCGAAGGAUCUCAAUGAAGCUCCGGCUUUCAGCUUCUGUGCGCCCUCACAUGUGAAUCAAGAUUCCCCACUUGUUCUUCAACUAGGAUCUUCUGUAAUGACAUGGCUAAAUCCUUCCUGGAGCAGCACGCUUCUUGGUUUUGCUAUGCUAGUGGAAAUUGCAUUUUCGGAGGAUUACCAUGAUGACAAUGGUUUUGACAUUAGUUGUGUUUGCAGAUGGAAAAACGAGGAAGGCCACUCUCAUAAGAUAGAAAGAAAUUUGCAUUGUUGGGCUCCGAGGACAGUUGUUCCACAUAUCCAGAAGGAUCAUAUGUUUGUCUUCUGUGAUGUCAAUAUGCGUCCAAGUACUAAUGAAGGAAAUGACCCUGAUAUCUUUGCUGAUUUAGUUGUAUUUGAAUUUCUUCCUGUCAACAAGCAGAAGAAGCGUCUAGAUGAUACCUGCACGGUGACAAGAUGUGGAGUCUAUGUAAUAACUGCUCCAACUGCUAAUACAAGUCUUGAGGAUAUUUCACCAGUUUUGUCCUUGGAUCCAAGGGGGUUUACAGGUAAUGAAAGUGAAGCAGCAUUGAGAGUUAGCUACGCUGGUUUAGAGGAGAGAUACAAAGCUUUAUUUGUUUACAUGGCAUGUUUGUUCCAUGAUGAGGAUGUUAAUGUGGUGGCACCACUUUUGUCUAGCAACGACGUGGACGUUAGAUCUGGGCUCAAGGAAUUAACCAGAAGGUCUCUCAUACGUGUAUCGUCCAAUGGGGAAAUAGUGAUGCAUUCUUUGCUGCGAAAAAUAUGGAAAGAAAUUCUCCAUAGGCAAUCCAUACUGCCUGGUAGCUUGAAACAGUUAAGAAAAGACUUUGAGAAGAACUCACUCAGCCGAGAAGAAGAAAAACCAAUAGUAAAUAUGAUGUUUACUUCUUCUUCUCGCAAUUGGAAAUAUGAUGUUUACCCUUGCUUCAGAGUUGAAGACAGCUCAAGGGAAGUCGUCAAACGGCUGCUUGUGGCAUUCAAACAUAAACCAAUCAGCUCAUUUACAGACAAUGAGAUAGGACGUGGCAAGCUGAUCAGCCCUCUGCGUGUACAAGCGAUAAGAGAGUCGAGGAUAUCGAUUGUUUUGCUGUCCAAAAGGUUCGCCUCAUCAGGCUGGCUCCUGAACGAAUUGGUGGAGAUUCUAAAGUGCAGGGAAGAGUUGGGUCAGAUAGUGAUGACAAUUUUCUGUGAUGUUGAUCCAAGUGAUGUUAAGAAACAGACUGGUGAAUUCGGAAGGCACUUCAAACAGACUUAUAAGAGCAAAACAAAGGAUGAGGAACGGCAAUGUCGAAAAGCUUUAUCCGACAUAACAAGCAUUGCCGGAUACCAUACCAUAAACUGGGAUAAUGAAGCAGAGAUGAUUAAGAAAAUCCUGGCUGAUGUCUCAAACAAACUGAACCGCAAGCCAUCGGCUGAUUUUGGUGGUUUGGUUGGAAUCAAAGCUCAUAUUGCAAAACUGAAUCCGCUGCUACACUUGGAAUCUGAAGAAGUAAAGAUGAUCGGAAUUUGGGGUCCCUUGGGAAUUGGUAAGACUACCAUUGCACGAUGUUUGUACAAUCAGAUCGCUUCAAAAUUUCAAGGUAGAGCUUUCGUACCUUUCUUGAAUGGAAUGCACGAGUGUGGUUAUAGCGAUAAUUAUAGCGGGACGUUGUAUUAUCAGAAACUAGUUUUAUCUGAAAUCAGGAAUGAACCGGAUAUAACGAUAGAGGAUAUAGGUUCGAUGAAAGAAAUGCUGUGUGAACAGAAAGUUCUUAUCAUUCUAGAUGGUGUGGAUGAUCGAUUGGUACUAGAUGCCGUGGCAGGACUAAUUAACUGGACUGGACCAGGAAGCAGAAUUAUUGUGACUACCAAAGAUUUAGGUCUUCUGAAAUCUCAUGGGAUAAAUCAUGUUUACAAGGUGGAUUUACCAUCUAAAAAGGAAGCUCUUCAGAUAUUAUGCCGAGUUGCUUUCAGAAAGAACUCUCCACCUGAUGGUUUCAUGCAACUCGCAACUGCAGUUGUAGAGAGUGUUGGUAGUCUUCCGUUGGGUCUCAGAGUUUGUGGUUCUUAUUUUCGAGGGAUGAGCGAACAAGAGUGGUCCGAAGAGUUGCCUCGGCUCAGAUAUAGAUUGGAUGGAGAAAUUGAGAGCAUAUUAAGAUUCGGGUAUGAUGGGUUAUGUGAGGAAGACAAAGAUUUAUUUUUGUGCAUCUCAUGUUUAUUUAAUCCUGGUACUGUUGAAUAUCUCACACGAUUGCUUUCAAGUUACUUCUUGGGUAUUAAGGGUAGGCUUAGAGUCUUGGCUGAGAAAUCUAUCAUACAUAUGUCAGAAGACGGAUAUAUUACAGUGCACCAUUUGCAACAACAAUUGGGCAGAGAAAUCGUCCGUAAACAGUACCCUAGUGAGCCUGGAAAGCGUAAGUUUUUGGUGUAUUACGGGGAUAUUAGUGAAGUCCUUGCGGAAAACACUGGGACUAGGAGCGUUGAAGGGAUAUCGUUAGACAUGUCAGAAGUCAAGAAGCUUUUAAUAAGUGAGAAAGGCUUCAAUGAAAUGACUAAUCUCCAGUUCUUGAAAUUCUAUUCAAACUUGGGGGAUAAAGAAGUUAAGGUGCACAUACCUCAUGGCCUUGAUUAUCUCUCUCAUAAACUCAGACUACUGCACUGGGAGGGCUUUCCAAUGAGAUGCAUGCCUUCUAACUUCAUUCCAAAAUAUCUCGUUGAACUCACAGUGGUGGCUAGCAAGCUUGAAGAACUAUGGAGUGGAAGUCAGGUACAUGUUAAGUUUUUCUUCUUGUUUGUCUUUCCAUUGUUUUUUUUUUUUUGAACAUUUGUCUUUCCAUUGUUGAUCUCAUCAAAUAUAUGAAUGAUAUUUGUAGAAGUUUGGAAAUUACUGUUACCAUUGACAAGAUUCUGGUAUAUGUGUUUACCAUUCUUUUUCUGUUCA